AAAAUGAAACCUCACUCGCUCCAUUGUUGAGUCGUAACUCGCCGAGCGAGUCAACUGCCGCGAAGGAAGCUCCGCCGUUUCCACCUCGCACCAGUGAGAUUCUGUUGUAAUCUAUUCAAUAAUUUCGAUCGAAAAAUUUCUAAUUAUAUAAUUUAUCAACUUUUUUCUAAUUUUCGCAUUGUAUAUGAUUAAGGUUUAGGUUUUCGAUUGUUACAGUCUCUUUUAUGUGAUAAUAAGCUGUCGCCAAGUUUUGAUCUUUUCGAAAAAUAUUCUUUUUGCGUCGAAAAUAUACGGUUUUUGGGGCUUCGUGCUUAAUUACGUACUCUUAAGCUUUUCUUGGGUUCCUUCUUAUAGUUAUUAGCUUUUAGGCAUUUAUAUGCAGUAAUUAGAGUCCCUCUCUGUGCGCUGAUGCAUAUGCUGAUUAGGGAUUAUCUGAGGUUAUUAAUUGUUUAGAUUUAGCUAUGUCUGCAAAUAACAAUAAUCAACCAAAGAACAUUGGGGCUUCGUCGCCCUUCAACAAUUCGUUGCCUGUGAACCCUUCUGCUCAGCAACAAGUCGGAUCUGGCUUUCCGGGGCAAUUUCAGAUGUCUCAGUUAACUCCAGCUCAUGCCCAAGCCAUUGCUCAAGCUCAGUCGAAGGCUCAGGCUCACGCCCAAGCACAAGUGCAGGCUGCCCAUGCUCAAUUUCAAGCGCAGUUGCAAGCUGCUCAAGGGCUUUCAUUCAACCAAGCACAUUCCAGCGGGGCAAAUUUGGGUUCGCCAUCUCCCUCUCUUUCAGGAGCUGGAAGUGCCAAUGCUAAAAGGUAUAUGCAGAAACCACCUGUGCGGUCGACUGGCUUCUUGCCUAACAACACAGUUUCUCCUAUGAGGACAAUGGAUGCUUCAGCUACUAUUCGCAGGAAAAAGCAGAAGCUUCCAGAGAAGCAGUUACAGGAAAGAGUGGCAGCAAUUUUGCCUGAAUCUGCUCUUUACACACAGCUCCUUGAGUUUGAGUCUCGAGUGGAUGCUGCUCUGACAAGGAAGAAAAUUGAUAUCCAAGAGGCUCUAAAAACUCCGUCAUACAUACAGAAAACUCUCCGGAUAUAUGUAUUUAACACUUUUGCUGAUCAAAUUCGUACAAUUCCUAAGAAGCCAAAUGCGGAGCCGCCUACAUGGACCCUUAAAAUUGUAGGGAGGAUUUUGGAGGACGGGAUGGAUCCUGACCAAGCUGGCAUGAUGCAGAAAUCAAGCUCUUUACAUCCAAGGUUCUCUUCAUUUUUCAGGAGAGUUACUAUUUCCUUGGACCAGAAACUCUAUCCUGAUAACCAUAUGAUUAUAUGGGAUAGUGCUCGGUCUCCUACUUCUCAUGAAGGCUUUGAGGUAAAAAGGAAAGGGGAUCAAGAAUUUACCGUGAAUAUACGGUUAGAAUUGAAUUAUAUGCCCGAAAAGUAUAAGCUUUCAUCAGCUCUGAUGGAAGUAUUAGGUAUCGAGGUUGAUACUCGUGCAAGAAUUAUGGCUGCCAUUUGGCAUUAUGUGAAGGCUAGAAAGUUGCAGUGUCCGGAUGACCCUUCGUCUUUCAAUUGUGAUCCUCCACUUCAGAAAGUGUUUGGGGAAAGAAAGAUCAGAUUUACUGCAGUGACACAGAAAAUAACACCCCAUCUGUUUCCUCCACAACCCAUACAUUUAGAGCACAGGAUCAAACUUUCAGGAAAUUGUCCUGCUGGAACUGCAUGCUAUGAUGUCCUAGUUGAUGUACCCUUCCCAAUACAGAGGGAAUUGAAUGCUCUGUUGGCCAGUACUGAAAAAACAAAAGAGAUCGAUGCCUGUGAUGAAGCAAUUUGUACUGCUAUAAGAAAGAUCCAUGAGCACGGUAGAAGAAGGGCAUUCUUUCUUGGUUUUAGUCAGUCACCCAUAGAAUUUAUUAACACUCUGAUUGAUUCUCAAAGCAAGGAUCUGAAAGUUGUUUCUGGGGAAGGAAUUCGCAACCCAGAAAAAGAGCGUCGAUCGGAUUUCUACAGCCAACCCUGGGUGGAAGAUGCUGUUAUACGCUAUCUGAAUCGUAAACCACCUACAGAUGCUCCUGGAAACACGAGUAGGCAGGAACCCUAAAGCUUUUAUCGAUAUUUGAACUGUAAACAGCCUGCAGAUGCUUCUGGAGGCCAAGUAGGCUGAAACACUAGAGCUGCUAAAACUAGUAUGCAGUUGCUUCUAUCACUUACUGUUCGUUGAACAUCUGCACAGCUUUUUUGUGACUGGUAUUUGCAUUUUUCAGUGGUAAUGAACCAUGAAUCCUUGUAAAAGAAGCAGAUAGUAUAUCUGGUCAUUCAGCACUGUCGUUUCACUUGCUGUUUCUGGUUGUCAGACAAAUUUGCAUUACAGAUUUAUUUAUCUUUGCCAAUGUGCAAAAGCAGUUCUAGCUUUUAAGUGCUGUUGUUUGACUGGUCAAAUGUUGUAUUGUAUGUCAUUGUGUAGAUGCCAGCCUAAAGUGAAACACUCGAGAUCUUGCUAGAUGAUUGUACUAUUUAUUUUAUGGAUAUGCUUCAUCUUCGAUCUA